AUGGGCCUGUCAACGUCGGCGGGAGACAACUUGCCCACGUUUUCCUCCGACGUAUUUCGGCUAGAGAUUAUUGGACCCCAUGAAAAUCACCUUAGCGUCAUUGAUGUUCCUGGAAUUUUCAAGACCACGACACCCGGCUUGACUUUCAAGUCAGAUAUUGCUCUUGUGAGAGAUAUGGUACUCAAUUAUAUGAGGAAUCCUCGGUCAAUAAUGCUAGCUGUCGUCCCAGCCAACGUGGAUAUUGCAACACAGGAGAUCAUAGAAAUUGCCAGAGAAUUGGAUCCCGAUGGAAUAAGGACACUCAGAAUCCUUACCAAGCCCGAUCUCGUGGACGAAGGAGCAGAAGAGAAAAUCAUCGAGCUAGUCGAAGGGAGCCAAGAUUCGGAAGAAUUAGGCUGGGUGGUGGUUAAAAAUCUCGGCCAGAAGGACCUCCAGGAUCCCUCCAAAGAUCGUGACAUUGCGGAAGACAUUUUCCGACAUUCGCCUCCCUGGAAUCGUCUGUCUAAGGACAACUAUGGUAUUGAGGCUCUUCGAGCACGAUUGCAAACACUUCUAGCUUCUAAUGUGCGGCGAGAAUUUCCGUCGGUGCGAUCUGAAGUCUUGAAACGCCUGAAAGAAUGCAAGAGAGCUCUGGAGGGCUUAGGCGAAGAGCGUGAGUCCACAGAACAACAAAGAAAAUAUCUGCUCGAGAUUGUAUCGAAGUUCCAGCGUAUCACCGAGAAUGCUCUGCAAACAAAUUAUGGAUCACAAGAUGCAUUUGAUGACGAGCCUGAACUACGCUUGGCAACCUUGGUUGCCAACCGGAAUGCACUGUUCUCCGAUGAGAUUUCUACCCAUGGCCACACGUACGCCUUUGUGUCUCAUACUCAUGACGACGAUUCAGAGGAUCAACGUAAUCGUUCAGUGGCUUCCCUAGCGAACUCUGUCUGCUCGGAUGCUGACAAGUUUGAAAGCGAGGAAGAGUGCAAAUCUAUCCCCAGCAGGAAGAUCAACAGUUGCAGCGAUAUUGAGGACAUCUUGCAUGACUGCGUUCCUAUCCAAGACUCACAGACCCAAGGUACCCUCGCUUGGAUUGAGAAAAUCUAUCGGGAGUCUCGUGGAUUUGAAAUUGGUACUUUUAAUUCGACCAUACUCUCGAGCGUACUGAAAAGACAGUCUGCAAAGUGGCCGUCUUUCGCUGAGGGCUACAUCUGUGAUGUUAUAUGUGUGGUUCACACGUUCAUCAAAAAGGCAUUGACCAUAAUCUGCAACGAUCAGAGAUUAGGUCAGAACAUCCUUUCAUUCCUGUUGGACGGUCUUAGCGACAAAUAUCGACAGGCUCUUUCGACAACGAACUUCCUGCUCCGCAUCGAAAGAGACGGCACGCCAAUGACGCAGAAUCAUUAUUUGAAUAGUAAUCUGCAAAAAUGUCGGCAGGAACGCAUCACUUCCGCAGCGAAGAAGUCAUCGGUCUCCGUGACUUACCAAAAUGGUUCAAGUGGAGAAUGUGUUCCACUUUCUGACCUAACCCAGAUCCAUCAUAUGAAUAAUAUGGAGCAGACUGUGCAAGACAUUCACGACAUAUUAAAAUCGUACUACAAAGUUGCUCGGAAAAGGUUCAUUGACAACAUGUGCAUGCAAGCGGUGGACUUUUAUCUGGUCACGGGACCAGAAGCUCCAAUGGGAUUGUUCUCUCCCGCUUGGGUCUACGAUUUAUCACCUGAGCAACUGGAUGACAUUGUUGGAGAAGAAGCUUCUGUGCGAAGGAAGCGCAAGCAGUUGAAAAAGCAGCUCAAGGACCUUGAGUCUGGCAGAAAAAUCUUGGUUUAG